AUGCUGACGGAGAGAGUCCCUGUUGGCCUGAUGUCCUCAGUUGUAGCCCCAGAAAAGCCCACCUCCAACACCAUGGGCCCCAAAGAGGUGGAGCUGAUCCUGGUGAAGGAGCAGAAUGGGGUUCAGUUCACCUCGACCACCUUAGUGGCUCCAACCCCUACUCAGACCCACCCCAGUGGGGAGGAGGAGAGGGAGACCUGGGGGAAGAAAAUCGACUUCCUCCUGUCUGUGAUCGGGUUCGCCGUGGACCUCGCCAAUGUCUGGAGAUUCCCCUACCUUUGCUAUAAGAAUGGAGGAGGUGCAUUCCUGGUGCCAUACCUGUUCUUCAUGGUGAUAGCAGGCAUGCCUCUCUUCUACAUGGAGCUGGCUCUGGGACAGUAUAACAGAGAGGGGGCAGCAGGGGUCUGGAAGAUCUGCCCCAUAUUUAAAGGUGUAGGCUUUACAGUGAUCCUCAUUUCCCUCUACGUUGGUUUCUACUAUAAUGUGAUCAUCUCCUGGGCACUGUUCUACCUCUUCUCCUCGUUUACCAGCGAGCUACCGUGGGUCCACUGCAACAACACUUGGAACAGUCCUAACUGCUCUGACUGGGCUGACAACAGCUCAGUCAGUGACAUUUACAAGUCCACCCCUGCUCAGGAGUACUUUGAGCGAGGGGUGCUCCACAUCCAGGACAGUAAUGGUAUCAAUGAUCUGGGCCGUCCACGCUGGCAGUUGACUUCCUGUCUAGCUGUAGUCAUUGUUCUGCUCUACUUCAGUCUGUGGAAGGGAGUCAAGACCUCUGGCAAGGUUGUGUGGAUCACAGCCACAAUGCCCUAUGUGGUCUUGACUGUGCUGUUGCUCCGCGGAGUCACUCUGCCCGGAGCCAUCGAUGGCAUUAAGGCCUACCUCUCUGUGGACUUCCUGAGACUCUGUGACCCCAAGGUCUGGAUUGAGGCAGCGACACAGAUCUGUUUCUCUCUGGGAGUGGGGUUUGGUGUGCUAAUUGCCUUUUCCAGCUACAAUAAAUUCAGCAACAACUGUUACAGAGACGCCAUCAUCACCACCUCCAUCAACUCUUUGACCAGUUUCUUCUCCGGCUUUGUGGUCUUCUCCUUCCUUGGGUACAUGUCCUACAAGCACAACGUAGCCCUUGACAAAGUUGCCAGAGAUGGUGCUGGUUUGGUGUUUGUUAUUUACCCAGAAGCCAUUGCCACAUUACCAGGGUCAUCAGUGUGGGCGGUUAUCUUCUUCAUCAUGCUGUUGACACUGGGCAUUGACAGUGCUAUGGGUGGGAUGGAGUCGGUGAUCACAGGGCUGAUUGAUGAGUUUAAAUUCCUCCACAAGCACAGAGAGCUGUUCACCCUCUUCAUUGUUGUUUCCACCUUCCUCAUAUCCCUCUUCUGUGUUACAAAUGGAGGGAUGUAUGUGUUCACUCUGCUGGACCACUUUGCAGCAGGAACAUCGAUUCUCUUCGGAGUGCUUAUUGAAGCCAUCGGCAUUGCAUGGUUUUAUGGAGUAGACCGAUUCAGUGAUGACAUUGAGGAGAUGAUUGGCCAGCGACCAGGACUGUACUGGAGGCUGUGCUGGAAGUUUGUCAGCCCCUGCUUCCUCCUGUUCAUGGUGGUAGUGAGCUUUGCCACAUUUAACCCUCCAAACUACGGCACCUACAUGUUUCCUCCAUGGGCUAACAUGGUGGGGUGGUGUCUGGCCAUUUCCUCAAUGUCCAUGGUGCCUCUCUACGCCAUCUACAAACUCUGCACGCUGCCGGGAAAGUUUUGUGAUAGACUGGCUUAUGCUAUCACCCCAGAGACAGAGCAUCAUUUGGUAGACAAUGGGGAGGUUCGGCAGUUCACACUGCAUCACUGGUUGGUGGUCUGA